UGUUAAUGUGGAAUAAUAAGAAAAUGAUGAUCAGAUUGUAUUUACUGCUGAUAGUCGGAAUGGGGAGUUGCACAAAUGAUCACAAUUUUGUGACCAAAACUGCUGAUGUUGGAAACAAUGUGACUCUUUCGUGCGUUCGCCAACAAUCACCUUUGCACAAGGAAACAUUAUAUUGGAUCAGACUUGUUUCUGGAAGCUGGCUUGAAUUCUUGGGAGGAACAUUCACCUUUGAUUAUACGGGUGUUAACAAUACUUCUGAUAUUACAGCAAAACAAGAACCUGGAAACUUUGUUCUGCAUAUCAAUAAAACUAAGCUCAGUGAUUCUGGUUUUUACUACUGUAUAAAAGUCAGGCAGCUUCAUAUGAUCUUUUUGGAGGGAAUAUUUCUGAGAAUCGAAGGGACAGAACCAGAUAUCACUGAGAUCAUACAAAUACCUCCAUCUGAUCCCAUCCACCCAGGAGACCCAGUGACUCUGCAGUGUUUGGUCCUCUCUAACUCUGAGAAGAAAACUUGUCCUGGAAAUCACAGUGUGUACUGGUUCAGAGCCAAAUCAGAUAAAUCUCCUCUGAGUUUAAUGUAUGCUCAUGGAAACAGUGGGGAGGAAUGUGACAGGAGUCCUGAGGCUCGUUCCCAACGUAAGUGUGUCUACAGCUUCUCUAAGAGCAUCAGCUCCUCUGAUGUUGGGUCUUACUACUGUGCUGUGGCCACAUGUGGACAGAUCAUUUUUGGAAAUGGAACAAAACUGGACAUUAAAGCACCCAACACAUGGGAUUUGCAGAAGGCCAAUACAGCUCUCUUUCUGUUGUGUGCUGCUUUGGUUACAAGUCUGGUGGUUAUAGCCUCCCUCAUCUACACCAUCAAGAAGAAAACUUGUAAUUGUUGUAAUGAUGCUGGGAUACUCAUUAGUGGUGAUCAGCAAAGUCAGGAGAGAUGCGAGGACUCGAUGGUUUAUACUGUACCAACCUUCAGGAGGAAAGAUGGCAAAGUAGAGCGUAGGCGUGAAAAAGCAGCAGGGGGAGAAACAGUCUACAGUGAUGUCAGUGUCUUAACAACAAAUUAACUGUUCCCAUACUGAAUAAUACAUACUCGUUAGCUAUUCUGGUAAACAGGAAACUGUGACACUGAACAGCACUGGGCUCGAUUUCCCUUCUGAGUGUAGUAAUCUUUUUUAUGCUGAUUACUAUGCAAUUCUUUAAUAUUAAUCUUACAUUCAUGUAUAUUCUGUAAAAGUCCAGUUUCCAUGUUGUUUUUGAGGUUUUAUAUUUUUUUCUUUAUGAUAUUAUCAGUGAUAGACCAUCAUUUUUAUAUAAAGCUGUGCACAUUUUGGUGAUAUCCUACC